CCAGCAUCACCGCUGUUAUAAAAACCAGUCACCUGCCGAAGGAUCUUCCUCACUCGACGUAGAACCCACUGCAGCAGCCAAGAUGCUUGUUAAAGACAUGACAUUCAAGGAGGGGCAUGAGUUCAAGAUCCGAGUCAGGCCCAAUCACGGCUGUAACAGCUUUGCCAUCAACAUCGGUCAUGACUCUGAGAACAUCGCGCUGCACUUCAACCCUCGCUUUGAUUCUGGCUCCAUAAUCUGCAACUCGCUGUCUGGGGGAAACUGGGGCUCCGAGCAGGUCGAUGGACUGCUGCCCUUCUCCCCUGGGGAGGAAUGCAAGUUUUACAUCAACUUCAACCUCGAGCAGUUUUACAUCAAGCUUCCCGAUGGCUCCAUGAUGAACUUCCCCAAUCGUCUGGGAGACGUCAAGUACAAGUUCUUUGACGUCAGCGGAGAUGCAAGAAUUGUCGGCAUCAAGAUUAAAUAGAGAUCAACCUGUUUUUGACCCUUGACCUUCACCCUUUUUGCAGAUUAUUGCAGAAAUAGUGUGUUUUACUUUACUGAGCCCAUAUUUUUAUUUGCUGACAAUAUGGAAAAAUAACAAUAAAAAAUAAAUUUAG